AUGGUAAGAUUCAUUGAAGAAAUCACAAAACAUGUGGACAAAGAAACAGGAAACAAAUCAAAUACGGAUGUAACGUCGGCAAAGAAGAAAGUUCUUCAAGAUCUUAUUAUCAACAAUGGAGGAGCACUAAUCAAUUCAUGGGUUGAUUCCAUGAGAGCUUGUUCUCCUACUCAUCUCAAAUCUUUGAUGAAACAAAGCUCCUGGCUCAAAGAACAUCCAUCAGCUUUAGAUAUGUUCGAAGAGAUUCUUCAUGCUUCUGAAGGAAAACAAAUCGUUAUGUUCUUGGAUUAUGAUGGCACUUUAUCUCCCAUUGUUGAUGAUCCAGAUCGAGCUUUCAUGUCUAAGCAGAUGAGAAGAACAGUGAGAAACCUAGCAAAUUGUUUUCCGACGGCCAUAGUUAGUGGGAGAUGCAGAGAAAAGGUUUAUAAUUUCGUCAAAUUGACCGAGUUGUAUUAUGCUGGAAGUCAUGGAAUGGAUAUCAAAGGGCCAGAGCAAGGGUCCAAGUAUGAGGAAGAAAAAUCUCUUCUUUGCCAACCAGCUACAGAGUUCCUCCCCAUGAUCGACGAGGUGUAUCAAAAAUUAAUGGAGAAAACAAAAUUAACUCCCGGAGCCAACGUCGAGAACAACAAGUUUUGUGUCUCUGUCCACUUCCGACGCGUCGAUGAGAAAAACUGGAGUGAUUUGGCAAAUCAAGUUCGAUCAGUAAUGAAGGACUACCCUAAGCUCCGUCUUACCCAAGGAAGAAAAGUUUUGGAAGUUAGACCUAUCAUUAAAUGGGAUAAAGGCAAAGCCCUCGAGUUUUUAUUAGAGUCACUUGGGUACGCUAAUUGUACCAACGUUUUUCCCCUUUACAUCGGCGAUGAUCGCACAGACGAAGAUGCAUUUAAGAUACUGAGAGAAAGAAGACAAGGUCUUGGCAUACUUGUUUCCAAAUCUCCAAAGGAGACUAACGCGUCUUACUCUUUGCAAGAGCCUGAUGAGGUUAUGGAUUUCCUGCAACGGUUAGUGAAAUGGAAACAAAUGAGAUCUGGAGCAUGA